AUGUCGCCCUCUGUCGCUUCCGUGCUGCCAGAACGACUCGCCAUGCCGGCCGCCGCUUCAGCCGCUACCUGCGCCCCUGCGGCAACUUCAAGGCGGCUAGCCACUGCACCGAGCAUCGUUUCCUGCCGCCACCGUCCCGCACUGCGCCGCCAGAACUCGCUGCAGCGAGCGGUCGAGCAUUCCGCACGAUCAGCUGGUUCCAGACCGUCGCCUACGACGCCGGCGACGUCGCCCAGGGCGAGCAGCUCCGCCGCGUCGCCGUCGCCAGCGUCGCCCGCCGUGACGCGGCCGAGCCGCACGCCGCACAGUGGGUACCACUACGCGCCGGGCAGCAGCAGCAGCGGCGGCGGCGCUGAUCAGCCAUUUUUCGAGGGGUGGUACUUCAAGGUGUCGCUUCCCAACUCGCGCGACUCGUUCGCAUGGAUGUACUCCGUUGAAAAUCCCUCCGCUCCGCCCCCCGCAGCCCCCUCCGCGGCUUCCCCCGGAGCGCCAUCCGCUUCCCCCGCCGGCGAGCAGGCGGAGCGCGCGAAGGGGGGCCUGCCGUGCGUGAUGAUGCAGGCGAUGGGGCCGGCGGUGGACAGGCAGGCGGAGUGGGGGCGCGGUGACGGGGGCGCGCAGGGCGGGGGAGAUGCGCGGGACUAUGUGUAUCAACAAACGGCGGACACGGGACGAUUCUGGGGAGUGCGGCAUGAGUUGGCGCUGGGAGCGUGUUUCCAGCCCAGGGAGGGGCACGUGUCGCCCCUGGGGGAGGUGCCGCCUCAGGAGUUUGAGGCAAGGGUGCAGUAUGGAUUUCAGGUGACGCCGUUCCUGCACCAAGGCACGCUCAAGAACCAAGAUGAUGGCAGCAUAGUGCGAUGGCGCUAUGAGGUGACGCCCAUCGAUGGCUGGGGCCCCAGGGGCGGCACACAGCUGUCAACUGCUGGUUGGCUCUCUGCCCUGCCAGCUUUUGAACCGCACUGGCAGGUGUGCAUGGCGAUGGGGCGAGCGAGUGGGUGGGUGGAGUGGCAGGGGCACCGCAUUGAGUUCACAGACGCCGUCACCUACUCUGAGAAGAACUGGGGCGGCGCCUUCCCCCUCAAGUGGUUCUGGAUCCAGUGCAAUGUGUGGUCGCAUGUGUCACUGGGGUCCGCAGUGGCGCUCACAGUGGCGGGGGCGAAGCGGCAGCUCAACCUGCCCCUGCUCGCCAACUCCGUUGAGGAAGUGGGCAUGGUGGGGCUGCACUGGCAGGGGCAGUUCAUCGAGUUUGUACCCAACAGGGGCGCCGUGGAGUGGAAGGUGCAGCCGUGGGGCAGCUGGCAUAUGCACGCUCACAACGAGCAGUACGAGGUGACAGUGGAGGCGCACACACUCCCGGGCGAUAACGGCACGCCUCUGCGAGCGCCAACAGCGGAGGGAAUGAGGUUCUUCUGCAAGGACUCGUUUGACGGCCGGGUCAAGCUGGAGCUGCGCCAGCGAUACUCGGGGCAGUUGCUCCUGAGGGCGGAGAGCACAGCAGCAGCAGUGGAGGUGGGAGGAGGGCCGUGGUGGGAGGCAUGGGAGCAGAGGAGCCGCAUGAACCCCGCCCAGAGCGCCGUCAUCUCGCUGCCUCUCAACCUCUCCACGUUGCUCCCGCCCUCCCUGCAACCGCCUGGCCUGUGA